ACAGCCACCGCCACAAGUCUUUCCGCCUCCCCAGCCUUCCUGGGUGCUGGAAACCGGGAGCUGGAUUAUGGUGGCCUGAGCAGCCGACGCGGCCGCAGGAGCCGGGAAACCCUGUCCGUCCUCUCGCUGCUGACCCCGCCUGGAAGACCCUGAAAGCUGCGGGCUCAAAUCGCCAUGCCCGCCCCUCCCAGCCCCCCGAGGGGCCCGAGCUCCCCGCUGAAGCUGGCGGCCGCCGUCAAGAUGUAGUAAGCUACGGUUCUCUCCUCUAGUGCGCUGCGGAUUUCUCCUGCCCGCUCCCCGCCGCCUGGACCGGGAUCUGAGUGAGGGGCCUACGGGCUAUGCAGUCCUGAUGCCUCCAAGGCCGCUUUCCUGAGAGAGAGAAGCCACCACCACCCAGACAUAGGGGUAGACAACAGGGACCGUCGCCAACCGGAGCCACAAGGCCCGGGCUCACCAUGGCCCCGGCGUUGCGCUGGCUCCUACUAUGGAUGGGCUCGGGAAUGCUACCUGCCCAGGGCACCCAUCUCGGCAUCCGGCUGCCCCUUCGCAGCGGCCUGGCAGGGCCACCCCUGGGCCUGAGACUGCCUCGGGAAACUGACGAGGAAUCCGAGGAGCCUGGCCGGAGAGGCAGCUUUGUGGAGAUGGUGGAUAACCUGAGGGGCAAGUCCGGCCAGGGCUACUAUGUGGAGAUGACCGUGGGCAGCCCCCCACAGACGCUCAACAUCCUGGUGGACACGGGCAGUAGUAACUUUGCAGUGGGGGCUGCCCCGCACCCUUUCCUGCAUCGCUAUUACCAGAGGCAGCUGUCCAGCACAUACCGAGACCUCCGAAAGGGUGUGUAUGUGCCCUACACCCAGGGCAAGUGGGAGGGGGAGCUGGGCACUGACCUGGUGAGCAUCCCUCAUGGCCCCAACGUCACGGUGCGUGCCAACAUCGCUGCCAUCACUGAAUCGGACAAGUUCUUCAUCAAUGGUUCCAACUGGGAGGGCAUCCUAGGGCUGGCCUACGCUGAGAUUGCCAGGCCGGACGACUCCCUGGAGCCCUUCUUUGACUCACUGGUGAAGCAGACCCACAUUCCCAAUGUGUUUUCCCUGCAGCUCUGUGGUGCUGGCUUUCCCCUCAACCAGACUGAGGCACUAGCCUCAGUAGGAGGCAGCAUGAUCAUUGGCGGUAUUGACCACUCACUAUACACGGGCAGUCUCUGGUACACACCCAUCAGGCGGGAGUGGUAUUAUGAAGUGAUCAUUGUGCGCGUGGAGAUCAAUGGUCAAGAUCUGAAAAUGGACUGCAAGGAGUACAACUAUGACAAGAGCAUCGUGGACAGCGGCACCACCAACCUUCGUCUGCCUAAGAAAGUGUUUGAAGCUGCAGUCAAGUCCAUCAAGGCAGCCUCCUCGACUGAGAAGUUCCCGGAUGGCUUUUGGCUAGGGGAGCAGCUGGUGUGCUGGCAAGCAGGCACUACCCCUUGGAACAUUUUCCCAGUCAUCUCACUUUACCUCAUGGGUGAGGUCACGAAUCAGUCCUUCCGCAUCACCAUUCUUCCUCAGCAAUACCUGCGGCCUGUGGAAGAUGUGGCCACAUCCCAAGACGACUGUUACAAGUUCGCCAUCUCACAAUCAUCUACAGGCACUGUUAUGGGAGCUGUCAUCAUGGAAGGCUUCUAUGUUGUCUUUGAUCGUGCCCAGAAACGAAUUGGCUUUGCUGUCAGUGCUUGCCACGUGCACGAUGAGUUCAGGACAGCAGCAGUGGAAGGUCCUUUUGUGACACCAGACAUGGAAGACUGUGGCUACAACAUUCCACAGACAGAUGAGUCAACGCUUAUGACCAUAGCCUAUGUCAUGGCUGCUAUCUGCGCCCUCUUCAUGUUGCCACUCUGCCUCAUGGUAUGUCAGUGGCGCUGCCUACGCUGCCUGCGCCAUCAGCAUGAUGACUUUGCUGAUGACAUCUCCCUGCUGAAAUAAGGAGGCCUGUGGGCAGAUGACAGAGAUUCCCCUGGACCACAUCUGGGUGGUUCCCUUUGGUCACACAAGUGGAUACACAGAGCACCUCAGGACCCUAACCUACCUGCCAGAUGCUUCUGCUUUGAAAGAAAAGGGAAAGCUGGCAAGGUGGGGUUACAGGACUUACACCUGUAGGAAACAGAAGAGGGAAGAAAGCAGCAUUCUGGUGGCAGGAAUACCUUUAGUCACCUCAAACUUGAGUUGGAAAUUCUGCUGCUUGAAGCUUCAGCCCUGACCCUCUGCCCAGCAUCCUUCAGAUUAUCCAACCCAAAGUAUUCUUUCUGUCCUUCUAGAAGUACUGGUGUCAUGCUCAGGCUACCCGGCAUGUGUCCCUGUGGUACCCUGGAGAGAAAGGGUCAAUCUCAUUUCCCUGCUGGCUGAAGUCAGCAGGAGAAAAUGCAGUUUGUCAGUUUAGGGACUGCAGAAUCAAACCUACACUGGUGCAAAGACUGCUUCUUGAGUUAAACAAAAACCAAUGUGAUGCAAUGUUUGUACUCCUGGGGGCAGUCAAGAUGAGGAGAGACAGGACAGAGACAGAGGAAGAAGUUGGUAGCAAAGCUAGGAAAGGCAGAAAUAUAACCACUUUUUAGUCCCAAGUUUAAACUCAUCUCCAAGACCUAUCUUAACUGAGAGAGGUGUUAUUCCCCAAUGUGUCUGUGGUUGCAGCCUGAACUGAAAUGAGAUGGGGGAAAGGGCUGAUUGGCCAAAGAGCUCUGCUCAAAACUCUCUUCAAGAAACAGUGCUCAUGAGAAAGUCCCACUGGACAGAUGAAUUCCUACCUGGUAAUUUCCAUCUGUCUUUACCUGCUUCUACAUGCUAAGUGACAUCCAAAUGUCCCAACCCCACAGUCCCAGGUGCCCUAUGGGACAAAAGAAUACCGCAGGGCUGGGGAUUGUCUUUCCAGCAUAGGUUCACUCCAAACGAGGUGCUAAAAGGAACAGACAGGACAAUUCUCCUAUCUGCUCCACAAAGGCAGAAUCCUGAAGAUUCAUUCAGCAGGUAUAGGGCUGAUGUCUUUGCUUCUGCCUGGAUUUUAUUUUUAUUUUACUUUUCUUGCCCAGUGGUACAAACUGGUAGGAUCUUUAUGGAAUACUGAGUGAGUUCAUUACUUUCUUGUCCUCUCCAGUGGCCCCUCUAUUUAUUUGGCUAAGGCAUCAUCACACAUUGGCUAGUAUUAAACCAUGAAUGUAAGAAAUA